GCGCACAAUCUUCUCUCAACUCUCCACCGCAUUGCAACUUGUGACCGUACCUUUGGCUGUCCAGAAUUUCGAAGCAUCCUCUGUACAACUGGUCUUUUUGCCAGCACGCGACCAACCCCACCUUUGGCAACCACAGCGCUUUUCACGGAAGCCGCAACUUCGCAAAGAUGACUCUAUACUACAGUUUGGUGUUCCUCCUCCUGGUGACAGAGAUGGCCAUCUUCUGCGCCUUGAUCAUUCCUCUACCGUUCACAUGGCGCCGCAAGCUGUUUACCUUCAUCUCGGAAAGCCCUUUAAUUGCAAAGAUCCAAUAUGGAAUGAAGAUUACAUUUAUCUUCAUUCUCAUCCUGUUUAUUGACAGCGUGAACCGCGUCUACCGUGUCCAGGUUGAGCUCUCCGCUUUCAGUAAAACCGACAGCCAGCGAGGUGCUGCCGUAAUGGGCUCCGAGCGCAUGGAGGUCCAGGCCCGCAAGUUCUACUCCCAGCGUAACAUGUACCUUUGCGGUUUCACCCUCUUCCUUUCCCUGAUCCUCAACCGUACCUACGUCAUGAUCCUCGACGUUCUCCGCCUGGAGGAGGAGCUCAAGACCUACAAGGGCGAAACCUCGAAGAAGGGAUCCUCGUUGACCAAUGCUGGCGGUGCUGGCGAGGUUGGGGCCCUCAAGGAGGAGCUUGCGCGCAAGGACCGCGAUAUGGAGAACUUGAAGAAGCAGGUGGAGAGCAUGCAGAAGGAGUACAACCGCAUGGGAGAUCAGGUUUCUGGCACUACCGCAGCUCCGAAGAAGAGUCUCUAAUCCUCGAGCCUCCGGCUGGUAUCCAAUGAAACAAAUGGUUCGGCAAUUGCGUUGCUGACACGGUGAAGUUGGCCAGGCAAUUGAGAUUCGGCGCACUAUAAGGGGUGAGGAACGCGAGAUCGGAAGCUCGAAGUAGUGAUGUGGGAAGAUGUGGAGCACUUCAUAGCGUAUAUCUUGCUUCGAACGGCAUAGGA